AUGGCAGCUCAAGGCGGCUUGGUUCUCGCUCUUCUCUGCUGGGCAGCAAGCGAGGUGGCUGCCUACCCACCCUGGGAUAACUCCUGGCACGACGCAGCCAGGCGAGGAGGUGCCCGGGCGGACCCCCAGCCUUGGGCUUCAUGGACGGAGGACCCUCACUCUCGAGCCGCCCCCAGCCACCACCCGGUGGUGGUGCACUGCCAGGAGGCUCAGCUGGUGGUGACGGUGCACAGGGACCUCUUCGGCACCGGGCGGCUGGUGAACGCCGCCGAGCUGACGCUGGGACCGGCGGCUUGCCAGCAUUCCUCGCUCAACCCUGCCCACAACACUGUCACCUUCGCCGCUGGCCUCCACGAGUGUGGCAGCGUCGUGCAGAUCACGCCGGAUUCCCUCAUCUACCGCACGCUCCUCAACUACGAGCCCAGCCCCGCCAGCAACCCUGUCAUCAUCCGCAGCAACCCUGCCGUCAUCCCCAUCGAGUGCCACUACCCCAGGAGGGAGAACGUCAGCAGCAACGCCAUCCAGCCCACCUGGGCUCCCUUCAGCUCCGCGCUGUCCGCAGAGGAGAGGCUGGUGUUCACUCUGCGCCUCAUGAACGAGGACUGGAGCUCGGAGAGACCUUUCACGGGCUUCCAGCUGGGCGAUGUCCUCAACAUCCAAGCAGAGGUGGCCACGGAGAACCACGUGCCACUGAGGCUGUUCGUGGACAGCUGCGUGGCCGCCCUGAGCCCUGGCACAGAGUCCUCACCCCACUACUCCAUCAUCGACUUCAACGGGUGCCUGGUUGAUGGGAGGUCAGACGACACCAGCUCUGCCUUCAUCACCCCCCGGCCCCGGGAGGACAUGCUGCGCUUCCAGAUCGAUGUCUUCAGGUUUGCAGGGGACGCCAGGAACCUGAUCUACAUCACCUGCCACCUGAAGGUGACCCCAGCAGACCAAGCCCCAGACCCCCUGAACAAGGCUUGCUCCUUCAACAAGGCCAGGAACACCUGGGCACCAGUGGAAGGCACCAGGGACAUCUGCAGCUGCUGUGAGAUGGGCAACUGCGAGGCCUCUGCCUUCUCCAGGAGACUCAACCCCCUGGAGCAGUGGCCCAGCCGCCGCUUCCGCCGCCACGAUGCCACCGGGAAAGAGGCUGAAGCUGAUGUGGUCAUCGGCCCUGUGCUCCUCUCCAGGGACCUGAGCACCACGGGAGAGCAGGAGGAGGAGGGAGGUCAAGGUGGGGUGACAGCCACCUCCAGCCUGUUGACAGGGCUGAUCUGCCUGGCAGCCAGCAUGGGGCUGGCCGGCGUGGGGCUGGCUGUCGGCGUGGGGUGCAGGAGGUGCAGCCCGGCCUCGGCAGGGCUGAGGCUCAGCCCCACACCAGCCCGGGAGCACUCAGGCCCCCGAAGCCUGGCGGGGUCCCGGGGAUUAGCACAGCACCGAGCAGGGGCUGGAGGUCGCAGGGGCUGCGAGAAGCAGCAGGCGGCACCCGGGGUGCGGGAGUCGGAGCGGGGCCAGGACGUCCCUCGGGCGCUGCGGCUGCGCUGCCGGAGCGGGUCCCGGCUCCCAGGGGGCUGCGUCAUCAAACGCUUCUUGGUGGGGGUCUGGGGUUGCGGGGAGUGGGGUGAGAAUGGGUUGGAGAGAGACACUGUAAAGGAUCAGGGCUACGGGACCCUCGCCGGAGCUGAGUCAGGGACUGUCCCCGAACUGCAGGUUCAGCCCCGCCGGGCAGAGGCCAGGCCCGUGCAGGACACGACCUCACCGCCGCAGCCCCCUGCCCAAGCCCGCUCCUUGCCCAAGCCGCAGCCCGGCCCCUUCCUGUUCCUGGUCUCUUUCUUCCUUCCUUCCGCUCGGCCAACCCCGCAGCGACCCAGCACCCCCAGCUCCAGGCCCGGGCACCACCCCGAGAGAAGGCGGGAACGGGGGAGGUGGCAGCGCGGAGAGGAGGGAGCAGGACCGGAACGGAGCAGGAAGAGAGGAACCGGAACCGCGAACCGCCACGACAGCGGGAGGUGCUUAAAUGGGCGGGGCGAGGGGAGGAGCACCAGCGGAGCCAAUGAGAACGCAGGUACGGAGUCAAUGACGACGCAGCGGCGAAGCCAAUGGAUGCGCAGGGGCGGAGUCAAUGAGAACUCAGGGGCGGAGCCAAUGGAGACAGGGGCGGGGGCUGCGGAAAGGGGCGGAGCGGAGUGGGGCUGA